AUGCAGAAUAAACAAAAUAGAAUAGAACAGAAGAAGACUGUAUUACGAAGAAUAGAAGCAGAGUUAUUAGAUAUUCUAAAGUCAACAGGUCAUUUAGCAAGGCAGAAACUGAAGUUUCUAUCGAUUGUUUAUAAAAAUGUAUUAGAAGGAAGAACAGUCACAAAAAGAUCCAUAUAUUACAGCUCAGUCAAUACGUUUGGAAAACAGGCCAUUGUAGAUAACCUGAUCAAAUAUUACAGCAGAAAACUAGAAUCAGAUGUCACCUGGCUCAACAUUGUCCCUGGUUGUAAGGGUCUCUUCUGUGGGACCAUAAGCCUGAUUUCAGACAGUAAUGAAAUGUGGUAUAGUAAUACCAAUUUCAUCCCCAGAAUCACAACAGAUACAACAGUAGCUGAAUUCAACUACAAAACAGUUCUAGUUGUUGAAAAAGAGAGCAUCUUCCAGCGAAUGGUCGAAAAGACGUCUUUCUUGUCUGUGGAAAGGGCUUUCCAGACAAGAACACUCUCCACUUUCUGA